CUUGUCAACUUCGCAAAGCGUGGACGAGCAGCCCUCCCCCAGAUUCAGAGGAGAUGGAAAAAAUGGUUCUUUGAAGGGUCGUGAAGAUGUAGUCGGGCGUGCCACGACCAGCACCAACCUGGUUGCGGCAGACUGUUCAGCGCAGCACACGCCCUGUAGCAGCACAAAUACAACUUCGGGGGUAAUUGACAAGGUUUUGUUUGUGGAGGAAGCAAGAACUGCUAACUUCUCGACCACGGCGAGGACCAAGAAAGAAUACGAUGAGGAACUGCUUCUUCAGGCGGGACCGACUUCUUCUGCAGCGCGAGAAGUUGAUGUUAAGCAGGGGAGCUGCAAGAUGAAGAAGCGCGGUCGUACUUCUCGGAGCAACCAGCACACCGACGGAAAAGACGAAACGAAGACGAUCUUUCGUUUGUUUCCGAAGGCCAGGGGUGCUCAGUGGCGCCUUUCGUACCUGCGAAACAGAAUGGCAGGCGACGGCUUCUACGCCGAGGCACUGUGUAGCAUGGAACGUAGCACCCGCCUCCGGGCGGAAUUUCUUGUCGUCGGCGAGGAGGGUGGCAAUGCUGGGGUAGGAGACGUCAAAAGAGGACGCCGCACGGAAGGCGCUCCGGAAAGCGCAGGAGAGAUGAACUCAAUGUCCCCUGCUCGCGUUGAAACGCCCGGAGGUGUCGUCGUCGCGCGAAAAACCAAUGGGAAACGAAAGUGUGCGGAACAUGAUCAAAAGGGUCCCCGUUUUGACUUUCUCAGAGAUGAGCGGGCAGGAGGAGGAGCACUACCGUACUCGGAACGACCGGCCCCUCCGUCCCGUAGUGGUACUUCUCCGUCAAAAAUAGUAAGUCAUGUAGUUGCCCCCGGUCCACCAGAAGCUAGCGCGGUGUUGAAAAGCGAUUCUUUGACUUUGCAGACCCUGGUGCAGGAUGAACACCACACAAGCGAACUGCCUGCUGAAACGCGGCAAUAUUACGAUCCUCGCAGUGAACUUCUACAACCUCAAGGUGGAGCAGUACUAUGUAAAAAGAAACGAGAGCUGCAAGUAGGAAGCUACACACUUUCGCAGAAGAACACUUUUCUCGAAGUUGGGUUCGACGGUGGUUGCGGAAACGACGAGCGUUCUGAAGAGGUGGUGAUUGGAAUGAGAAAUCGCGAGUCUCCACUGCUGCAUCGGGAAGAAGAUUCAUUCUCUGCCGUCACCGGAGGUUUGCAAAAAUCGCGUGUCCGCAGUCGCAGCGGACCCCCGCGGUUUCUCCUCGCCAGCACGAGGGCAGCGGAGGAGCAGCAGGAAGAUAGUGCUGAUGCCGCGGCCAGAAUUUCGGUCGUCCGGCCGUCCGGAUCGUGGGAUCUGGUGCGCUGGUCUACUUUAUUGCGGGCUCCGCCUUGUGGUCCCGCCUACGAGCACACAACGGGGAAGUGUGCCUUUCAUCUGCGGAUGUAUCCACUGCUGCUCCCCUUGGUGGCUAGGGAUCCGUGGUUACUGCACACACUCUGGGAUCUGGGGGUUCAGGCCGAGCCGCCCACGACCGUCUCUGCCGACGGCGAGGAGGACUGCGACGGCCAGCGCCGUGAUGUGCAGCUCGUUGCAAAAGAUGAAAGUCAAAGACAUAUAAAGAACCCGCAUGCGGCGUUCGCCGUCUUUCUACGACAGUGCCAACAGAAGAGAGAGCCACAGUCGUGGAAAAACUCGUGGCCUGCGCAGAGGUCGUCUUGCGGGUCCGGUCUCGUCCCGCUGAUGGACCCCGCUGAGGGGACCUCUGACGCGGAGUUGGAGGAGCGGCCUGGGUAUCAAAUGCAAAUAUGUCUGGGUCUGGAAGGUUGCAACUUGUGAUGCUGUGAUUGGGUUGGAAAAAGAUUUGGAUUGCAUGAGCAGCAAGUAAGAGCAGUCCAGUGUGUGCUACGUGGGGAGGGCAUUUUUUGUCAUGCGGAAUAGGCAUCAGGAAGUUUUAUAAAAAUCUGUGAUGCUCGGUCAUGGUCAUGCAUUGAAGGCAUCAUGUAGUUCAUGCGUGAUGCAAACUACGCAUGACAAACCUUGCAUUCUUCCUGACGCAGACAUAUUUGCGGUUGAUACUGGGGACGAUGAUCGUUACACGAACGGCGCCGCCUGCAGUCUACUGUCGAAUGUGCUGCGCACGCUCGAGAGUGACAGAGUGGAGGCGCAGCAAUGUGAGAAGAGAAACCACCUGGCAACUCGUUUCUGCUCGCCGGCCCCGAGUCUCGUCGACGGCCGCGACGAGAGCGUCGACGUCGUGCGCCAAUUGUUCGAGCUAGGCUGGCUGCGGGCUCUGCAGCGAGACUCCUGGCGCGACAUGGAUGCCGAACUGUUGCAAAUGGAGCACACUGGCUAUUGGCACCAAGACGAGCAGCCGCGACUCGCAGAUGACCAGGUCGGAGAGGAACAACCCGAAGUCGUGGUAAGACUGUUCCCUGACCUGAUGCGUAAUCAUAAAGAUGAGAAUUGUGACCUUGAAGAGGAAGAUCAUGUUUCUGGAGGGUCUGCUGCUGAGCGCGAGCGGGAGCAGGACCGGUUCUCAGCGGGGCUCCGGCAGUUUUUUGCCUCGAUGUACUUCCGCGAUGCAGGCGAAAGCGGGGAGAACAUGGCGCCGCCUGGAAAAAAUGCUCAGAAGCAUAGCCGCGAAUGUGCUGUACCAGCUGUUACGAACGCGGAGGAAUCUGCUCUGGCGACUUCCGCUGUGGUUUCCAACUGGAGUGAGUCGUUUUUAUCCGACCCCGGGGGAAGGAGCGGAAACAAUCUCUACUGCAGCGAGAAGCGCGCAGCGCUGGGGACGAAAACGCAAGUGCACGAAGAUGGAGGAUCAAAGUGCCUCAAAAUAAAGCUGUUGUUUCGCGGCAAAAACAACCAUCGAGCCAGUUGGUCCUGGGGCCUGAUAGAGGCCUGCGAUAGGAUUAUGGGACCGGUACAGGACCGCUUGGGACUGCGGGUGCCCGGCGAGUUCAUGGUAAAGGGUUACCGCGACGCCCAGCUGUUCUUUCGUGACCAAGUUCUACCCAGGCUGCGCCGUGCUGCUUUGCCGUCGCCGAGUAGAAGAACUCGCGCAAAAAUUGUCCACGACCAGUGUGAUGUCUACGCUAGUGCAACAACAAACAGCACUUCGGGCCGCGACGACAGGGAUAACGACCUGGUCGGGACGUCAAGGACAUCAUCCAGCAGCUCGUCCUCUUCCGGUCCGUCCUGUACAGGAAGCGCGACCACGUCGGCCUGUGUGUCUGCGGCGAACGACACAAACCGGCCAUCGUCGGCCUAUGAGGAUGCUUUCUGCGAAGUCGGGCCAGAAGAGGACGACGUGGUAGUUCCAAGAAAGCUCGGAAACCUGGUUGUACAUGGCGAGGACGGGCGCUUGCCAGUGAUGCAGGGAAACCUACAACAGUACUUCGACGAGAAUGACGUGGAAAUGCGCGACUACGAGAACGCGAACGCCGAGGAAGCUGACCUUGCGCAUGCCGCAGAGCUAUUCACUGGAAAUUCUUGUAGAUCACAAGUCUGGAUGUGGAUCUUAUCUUAUCGUGCAGGAGGCAAUGCAAAAUCACACAGGAAGAUGAACUACGUUGGAAUCAAUUUUAAUGGCCUGGUGGCAGAAACAAAUAGAAUAGAAGGAUUGCAGAAGAUCGUUUUUCAGACACGCUUAUUCUUGAAGUGAGGCGCAGUAGAUUUUGUUUUUGGCGUGAACCAAAGGAAGCAUGACAUCCAGACCCAGAUCAAUAUUUGCAGUGCAUUCUUCCUACCUGAUCUCGACAUCUACAUGGUGAGCUGCGCUCAUCCACCCCUGUUUGUGGACCCUAUCUCGAGAAUUGCGGUGGUCAAGUCGGCUAUCACGUACAUCAUCAUUGGCGAAAUAAUCACCCAGAAUGCAGGUGCACGCGUUGUAGGAGGUAACUCGGGUGCGACGUCGUUCAGUGGUGCUAAUACGGCCCCACAGGCAGCACACGAGUACCCGCGUACAUCAACAUCAUUAAGUACCACCUCCAAAAACUCUAACCACAUAAUUGAACUGUUCGAAUUGCCCAGCCUUUCCCACUCUGACUCUUCUCUGCGAGGAAGAUGAUUACGUAAGUUGGUGGAGACCACAACGACGAAGAUACAUAGCGACUCCGACUUCGAACGUAGAAUUGACAAACAAUUUUUCCGGGCUUUUAUUAUUCUGUGUGUUCGCCUUCGCGGCGAUGCAUACAAUCAUAUUCAUGAUGAGAAAGCCACUUCGGUGCGAUUAGUAAUACCUGCCAUGAUUCAUUGCUGGGACGUUUUUUUCAGUUUCCGCCUGACAGCACAGCUUGUGGCUUUCUGCCGAUUUUCGGAUGUGUCAUUGUUUCUGUAUCUACUGGGCAUUUCCAUAUUAAAAAUCUUUUAGCGCCCACUUUCUCACAGCAAGGUUUUUAGUGAUGUAUCUGUAUCCAGCUUGAAAACAUUACCGAGGUUUUCGUUUGGUUUUUAUCUUUAUCCACACCCAUGACUGAACAUUAUGCAUUCAGUGCCGGCAGCAUCGUGAUCGUCGCAUGGACUGAAAGAAAACAACGAGUUGAAGAUACGUAUGAUCCGAUUUCGUUGUCACAUUGACCUUCGCACCGGUAGCUUUUUCUCGCAAUGACUUAGGUGUGAGCGUUACAUAGCGCAGGACUGAAGCUAGUUUCCAAGCUCAUUGCUUCCUAUGCUAUAAUAAAGUACUGGACGCGCUCGCAGUACUAGCGCAUAAUUGGCACAAGCGGAAUAAGACGUUGCAGAAAAUGUAGAGGGUCGAUGCUCACUGGCUGCUGCAGCUUACAACCCGUAUGAAGAAGAUGAAAAUCAGCAGCAAGAAGUUUUGUUUGAACCUACGAAUGAAGGAUUAUGUUCACGUGUUUGUCCUCGUGAAUGACAAUGCUAUAUGAUCAACAGGAUACGGAUCACGUUCUGUGUCUGGCUGGUACACGGGGGAUCUUUGCGAAGCCUGUCAAUUCGGUUUUUUCCCUGCCUAACUAAACAAUUCGCAUGCACUUGGAUUUUUGGGGCUGCAAUCCCGAAGCCCGUCCAAACCCGGUUCUUUUUGACAGCAGGAGGAAUCCCAUCGACGUGGCGCCCCCGGCAGAGUGAGAACAGAACUGCCGCAAAAUGUAAUGAGGUACAAAGUUUGUGCCAAAGCCAAAUCCAAACCGAGCGAAAAACAAG